AUGGGAACAGGAAUCACRGCAACACCUCCAGAGAGUGAUGGGAAUCCAGGAAACACGGAUCUGCGGGAGGCCUGGAUUGGGGAUGUGCGAGCCGGCUCCACCGCAUCCUGUGGGAACCACGUGAAGGCCAGCAGCCGCUGGAUCGCCUUCAGUGCCGACACGACAGGUGUGCUGGGCAUCGUGCCGCUGGAGGGGCAGGACGGAGAUAAGAGGACGGUGUCCCAGCUCUACUGCCACUCAGAUGUGGUGACAGACUUCGACUUCUCGCCGUUUGAUCAGCUCCUGCUGGCCACGGGCUCCGCCGAUGAAAUGGUGAAGCUGUGGCGGCUGCCCCGGAGUGGCCAGGACCUGCCCUCCAGCGCCGCGCUCACGCUGGGGCCCGCGGGCUGCCCCGUGGCCCUGCUGCAGUUCCACCCCACAGCGGACGGCGCGCUGGCCAGCGGCGCCGGGACGCGAGUCACCGUCUGGGAUGUGGCGCAGCAGCAGCCGCUGACAGACCUGGAGCCUCACGGGGACCAGCUGCAGAGCCUGUCGUGGAAGCAGGACGGCCGCCUCCUGGGCACCGCGUGCAAGGACAAGCAACUGCGGAUCUUUGACCCCCGCGCCAGCGCGGCUGCGUCCCAGAGCGCCCAGGGGCACGAGAACAGCAAGGACGCGCGGCUGCUCUGGAUGGGUGCCAGCGACUACCUCAUCUCCGUCGGCUGCAACCAGAUGCGGGAGCGCGAGGUGAAGCUGUGGGACACGCGCAAGUUCAGCAGUGCGACGCACUCCCUGGCGCUGGACACCUCGCCCGGGGCGGCCAUCGCGCUCUACGACGCCGACACGGGCCUGCUGCUGCUGGCAGCCAAGGGCGAAAGCCUCCUGCACUGCCUGGAAGCGUCGCCGUCGCUGCCCGCGCUGGCGCAGGUCAGCCAGUGCGUGACCGAGGGGCGCACGCGGGGCCUGGCGCUGGUGCCCAAGUUGGCGCUGGACGUCAUGGCCUGCGAGGUGCUCCGCGUGCUGCAGCUCACCGACGCCUUCCUCGUCCCCAUCAGCUACGUGGUGCCUCGCAAGUCGCUCCAGGAGUUUCACGAGGAUCUCUUCCCCGACUGCGCCGGGACCGUGCCGGCCACCACUGCCCGGGCCUGGUGGGCAGGGGACAGCGAGCAGGUGGCCAGGGUCAGCCUGCACCCAGCGCGGAGACCCACGGAGCCCUUCACGUCGCCCCUGGUGCCUGGCACCCAGCAGCCGGAUGAURCUGCACCCAGUGCCGCGCUGCCCGACUCCUGCCCCACCGACAGCGACCAGAGUGAGGGCAGUGGCUACUCGUCGCCGUCCAGCUCGCUGGCCUCGCCGGGUAGCGCUGCCACCUCGCUGUCCRCCAGCACCGGCCCCUCCAGCGGCUUCGCCAGCAGCCCCAGCCAGAAGUCACUGCAGAGCAUUUUAGGCCCCAGCUCCCGCUUCCGGCACGCGCAGGGCACCGUCCUGCACCGCGACAGCCACAUCACCAACCUCCGGGGGCUGAGCCUCACCACGCCGGGCGAGAGCGACGGCUUCUGCGCCAACCACGAGCGCGUCGCCCUCCCGCUGCUCACCGCCGGCGGCCAGAUCGCCGUCCUCGAGCUCUCCAGGCCAGGCCGCCUCCCCGACAYGGCCGUGCCCACCAUCCAGAACGGCGCGGCGGUGGCCGACCUGUGCUGGGACCCCUUCGACACGCGGCGGCUCGCCGUGGCGGGCGAGGACGCCAGGAUCCGGCUGUGGCGCAUCCCCGAGGGAGGGCUGCGGGACACGCUGCAGCAGCCGGAGGCCGUGCUCACAGGGCACACAGAGAAAAUCUACUCCAUCCGCUUCCACCCUGUGGCCUCUGACAUCCUCGUCUCGUCCUCCUACGACAUGACGGUGCGGAUAUGGGAGCUGGGCGCCGGACAGGACGUGCUGUGCCUGCAGGGACACACGGAGCAGAUAUUCAGCGUGGCCUGGAGCCCCGACGGGCAGAAGCUGGCGACGGCGAGCAAGGACGGCAGGCUGCGGCUGUACGACCCGCGGCACAGCCCCCAGCCCGAGCAGGAGGGCCCCGGCCCCGAGGGCGGCCGAGGCGCCCGCCUGGUCUGGGUGUGCGGCGGCGACUACCUGCUCGCGUCCGGCUUCGACAGCCGCAGCGAGCGGAGGAUCCUGCUGUACCGGGCGCAGGACCUGUCCGCCGGGCCCCUCACCGUUCUCGGCAUCGACGUGGCACCCUCCACCCUCCUGCCCUUCUACGACGAGGACACCAGCGUGCUCUUCCUCACCGGCAAGGGCGACACCCGUGUGUUCCUGUACGAGGUGACCCCGGAGCCCCCCUAUUUCCUGGAGUGCAACAGCUUCAGCUGCAGCGAGCCGCACAAGGGCCUGGCCUUCCUGCGCAAGCCGGAGUGCAGCGUGCGCGCGGCCAAGUACCUGGCGCAGAUCAUCCUGGUGGGCGCGCAGGUGGUGGGACGGGCCUUCGCGCGGGCGCUGCGCCAGGAGUUCGCAGCCAGCCGCGCCGCCGCCGACGCGCGGGGCCGCUCCGAGAGGCCCCCGUCCGCCGCCGCCUCCAGGAUCGCCGGCAUCAGCCUGCAGGAAGCCCAGCAGAUCCUCAACGUUUCUGACCUCAACGCCGAGGAAAUUCAGAAGAACUACAACCACUUGUUCAAGGUGAAUGACAAGUCGGUGGGAGGCUCCUUCUAUCUGCAGUCGAAGGUGGUGAGGGCCAAGGAGCGGCUGGACGAGGAGCUCCGCAUCCAGGCRCAGAGCGACAAGGAGAAGGGCUGGAAGGCCGAGACGUGACUCCCGCCAGCCCUGUGCCCCGCGCGCCGCUCCCAUAAGUUAUAGGUAGCCAAUAAAUGUCACGUCCUGCAGCGCCUGGCCUGCGUGCUGUGCGCCCUGGGGCGCGGGAGGCUGCCCCAGCCCUGCCUUGGUGAGACCCCAGUGGCUCCAGAGCUGCUGGCGCUGCGUUUUAUCAUGGCAGGGAGGUGCCUAGGGAUAGUAUAGGUAAGGUGAGGAAAAAGAGGAGUCCCCAGCUGGGCCUUGGGGCAUCAAAGGCUGCCAGUGCUUAAAUCAGUCCUCAAGAGGCUGCAGGAGCUGCUUUCACRGUGGCUUUAGUCUGUCUUGGCCCAUGUCCACUGGUACCUUGGGCCAUGUCCAGUUCCCUUCUCCCAUAGGGGCAGCCCUCAGUGAGGGGCCGCACGGGGUGCGCGGGCGUCCCCACCUGCGGCUCACGCUGCAGCCCCGGCAGGGCUGCCCCAGCGCGGGGCUGUUCGUGGCCUGAGGCUUCAGCCCCUGGGUUUCCCGGGCCGGACCCGGCACCGCCCCCGCUCUCCGCCUGCUCCUGGCUCACGCGGCGCUCGGCAGAGCCAGCUCCAUCGUGGCCGUUCCCUGGUGCCACGAGGAGGUCACAUCUCCGCUGCCCGCAGCACGAAUGUCCCCAGCGGGGGUCUGGAGCUGCCCCUGGCCCACAGCUGCCUCCCGCUGCCCCCAGGUGCACAGCACAGGGAAGCAGGCGGCACAACUGCAGACCAGAACAGGAACUUACUUCAAUUUCACUUUAUUGUUUUCUUAAUAAACUUCCUCUCCCAUGGAGGAAUAUAGUGUUAUAGUCGUUAGCUUAUCUCUUACUUCUGUAGUCCUUAAACUCUAUGCUAACAGCGAUGGAGCCCAACAGGAGGAAAAUAAAAACAACCCAGAAACU